AUGCUAUAUUUUAUUGGGUUGGGUCUCUCUUACGAGACAGACAUAACUGUUAGAGGUCUAAAUGCUAUCAAACAAUGUUCUAGAGUUUAUUUGGAGCAUUAUACAUCCAUUUUGAUGACAGCAUCACUAGAAGAACUUGAAGAAUUCUACGGUAAGAAAGUUAUUCUUGCUGAUAGGGAACUCGUUGAAUCAGGUGCUGAAGAAAUCUUACGUGAUGCAGACAAAGAGGAUGUUGCAUUUUUGGUUGUAGGUGAUGUUUUUGGUGCAACCACCCACACGGACCUUGUUCUACGUGCUAAGCAAAGAAAGAUCACAGUUGAAGUUAUACAUAAUGCAUCUGUUAUGAACGCUGUUGGAUCAUGCGGUCUACAGCUAUAUAACUUUGGUCAAACUAUUUCCAUGGUGUUCUUCACCGAUAGUUGGAGACCCGAUUCCUGGUAUGAUAAGGUGUGGGAAAACAGAAAGAUUGGAUUACAUACCCUAGUUUUGUUGGAUAUCAAAGUUAAGGAGCAAAGCAUAGAAAAUAUGGCUCGUGGUAGGCUAAUUUAUGAGCCACCAAGAUACAUGAGUAUUGCUCAGUGUUGUGAGCAGUUGUUGGAAAUUGAAGAAACAAGAGGAACCAAGGCUUACACUCCAGACACUCCAUGUGUUGCCAUUUCGAGAUUAGGGUCCGCAACUCAAUCCUUUAAGGCAGGAACAAUCAAGGAAUUAGCAGAGUAUGACUCUGGAGAGCCAUUGCAUUCUUUAGUGAUCCUAGGUAGACAAACACACGAAUUGGAAAUUGAAUACUUACUCGAAUUCUGCGAUGAUAAAGAGAAGUUCAAGGAAGAUGUCUUGAAAGACCAAGAAUACUUCAAGCCAGCACCAUGGGUGCCACCGGAAGAAGACCUGGAAGAGUAG